AUGCCGAACCCUCAAGUGCCUCACAAAGGACCCAAGGAGCUGAUCAUCGCCCUCGACUUCGGCACCACCUACUGUGAGUCUGCUCAGAUCUUCCGCCUAGAUUCUCCUUAAGAAAGUCUCACAUUCUUGGAGCAGCUGGCGUCGCCAUAUGUCUCCUUAACCCAGGAGAAGUGCCCGACCCCCGACCGGUAAUGCCCUGGCCCGGUCAGUGGAAUCGAUGGCUUUUAGUGACAUGCUGCUCAAAAUUUGCCUCUGGUAACCUUCAAUACGACGUGCAGGCGUGGGCUGGGCAAAGUUUGCGUCAAUCGUGUAUUACACAACAGCGAAUGGUGGCUUGCACGCAUACGGGUCUGCAGACGAGCUAGAGAGCACCGAGAUCGAGGACGCGCUUGCUGCAGGAGAGCUAGAGGCAGCUCGCAAUUUCAAGCUAUGCUUGUGAGUGCCGAGUUACUGUGGCAUUCAGGCGCGGUUGACACAACGUAAUUUGCCCAGGAAUCCUGAUCAUAUUGAGGUCCAAGGUCUCGACGAUGUCAAAACCCUCGUCAAUCUGCCAUGCAACAAGCAGGCCGUCCGUGUGACUGCUGACCUGUUGCAGCUAGCAUGGCGCGACCUCCAGUCUUGGAUCGCCAAAAGAGGCGGUAUGCUCGACAUUGCCAUGAAGCAAGGGGUGGACAUCAAGCUCACGAUGAGCCACCCCAAUGGCUGGGAGGUGCGUUGUUGGAGCUAAGGUCAAAUGCUCAACAACUCAGGUGGACGAGCAUUUCUCGCACGCAGGGCUCCCAGCAAUCCGCAUUGCGAAGAGCGUGCGAGAUGGCAAAGAUAACCUCUUCUCCAGAUCAUAAAGUGGAACUCACCUUCAUCGCAGAAGGAGAGGCUUGUUUACACUUUGUCUCCUCGCAGCUUGAAGAUGAAGACGUGGUAGUCGUUGUUGACGCCGGGGGAGGCACUAUCGACAUUUCGUGAGUCGCGUGCAAUGGCUUUCGACUUCGCGACGCGGGAAGCACAGCAACUCAACCACAUCACGUCGGCAGUACCUAUGAAUGCUCGAACGGUGUGUACAACGAGGUAGCGUUACCGGACUGUCUCUACGCUGGCUCGAUCACCCUUGAUCAAGCGGCCAAAACUCUGGUAGACAGUCUCCUUGAAGACACAAGCGCUCGAAACCGCGCCUACAAGGAGUGGAAACGAGUAAAGCUACUCCUUAAGGAGACCACGAAGGAUGUCACGUUGAGCUUGUACAUGGACGAGGAUACUACCCCUCCUCCAAACACGACUCGGCGCAACGCGCCCGCGCACGUGAAAGGCAGCGACCUAAUCAUUACAAAGUGAGAGUGCGACAAUGCAGGAAAUAUCGACGUCUUCCUGACCCUUCCGUAUCCCUGUCUCUAGAGCAGGUAUCAAAGACAUCUUCAAAUCGAGCGUAGACAGCACUGUCUCGAGCAUACUGGAGAAGAUGGACUACUGUGCAAACUUGCGCGAGGCACUUCAAGUCAAUCGUGUAGUAUUCCUCGGAGGAUUAGGGGAAUCCCAAUACUAUCGCUCUGAGGUGAGAGACGGACGCUAGGAAACGGUCGAUUACGACGUUGACUUCUCUUUCCACUCAGGUUGAAAAACGCAUAAUUGCCUCUGGCGCCUCCCGAGUAGCAUUCUGCAAAGCUGACGAAGCACACUCGAAAGCCGUAGCCUUGGGUGCGGCUCGCGCAGCAGCUUCGAAUAUAGUGGAACUGUGAGGGCGGCCCGUGACUACUAUAAUCGCACAUCACUGGAGACUUCACUUCACUCAAAUUUCUACGCGUGCACCAUGCAGACACAUCGCGCCGAUGCACUUUGGCAUCGAGGUACAGAUGGAAUUUGACGCUUCGAAUCCGGAACAUCGUCUACGGGCUCACAAGAAGUAUCAAGACCCUGUGACUGGCAAGUGGUUUCUUGGAGGCAUUUUCUCACGCCUCAUCAGCAAGGUGAGUCACAUAUUUUGCUAAAACGUGAGGACGGCAUUGACCUCCGCGUUGAUCAUGACAGGGAGAACGGGGCUCAAACAACGCAGGUCCGAGUGAGCCUUUCUCGAUCACCACUUGGACGGACAACGUCGCGUGCACAGAUGACGAGGUAUUCGCGUUCCGAGGUCAUGAGUGUCCAGAAUGGCUGGACGAGGGGAAUUUGUGAGCAUCCACUUGGGGCAGUGUCGGAGUGUCAGAAAAACAAGACUUCGCUGACAGUAUCGUUGUGUAACCUUUCAAGCGACAAGCUCCUACGAGUUCGACUGGACAUUGCGCGAGAAGAUUUCGAAUGCGAGGCAAAAGUCAAUGCGGAGGGUCUUGAGGUCUACGAGUGGAACUAUGAGCUGCAAUUCUGCCUCUUUGGUACCGAGCUCGAGGCUGUCUGCUCUCAAGGAAGCAAAAGGUGAGUCGAAUGUGUGGCAAUCAGUCUCAGGAGGCGUCUCUCUGAUCUAGUGCUCGUCUCUAGCUGCAAGUUCAGAGCCAGUCAUCCAGGAAUUGUUGCCGCAGCCAAGCGAUUCACGAAGCCGGUACAACAGGCGAAAUCCAACAAGCGCCCUCGACGCAAGUGAAGCUCUAAUCCGACCCACUCAACCACUCAAACAAUUCAGAUGCUUUUGUAAAGAUGCACCACAAGCUUAGACCUGCAACAAACCAAAUCGAAGAAGACUGGGUCAUCAACGACGGUUCGCCGAAAGUUGGAAGCACGUGUAUAAUGUCCCGGUCCCCAUGAAUGCAGACUUGUCGUCCGUUGCGCCCCUCUCAGAACUUCAGACUGUCAGCACGACAAUUGCGUUCGCCAUACGCAGACGGUGCAGGUCCUUCGUGAGUGCAACGACGAGCCCAAUGAAGUUUCUACGAAGCGCUGCAACUUUCUCAAGUCACCGUGUACCACAAAACAAACAAUCAAGAAUCACGAAUGA